AGACGAUUUUGAUACAAGCUGCUCCAUUUUUCAGUUUCCAGCAAGCAUCAGCUUUACAAGCGUCUACGUCACUUUGACGCAAGAGCCCACAUGAUAAAGACAAAAAUGUCUGCGCCCAGUGUAGAUAGCCCUGUUGAUCAUCUGUCUGCAGUCCGUCAUGUCAUCUUGGUUUUAUCGGGAAAGGGCGGAGUUGGAAAAAGUACAGUGGCUACCCAAGUAGCAUUAGGACUGAGGCAUGCUGGGAAAAAGGUUGGUUUGCUGGAUGUAGACCUGUGUGGUCCCAGUAUUCCUCGAAUGUUUAACGUCCAUCAACAGGAUAUCCAUCAAUGCUCAGAGGGGUGGCUUCCGGUGUUUGUGGACAAAGAACAAAAACUGGCACUAAUGUCAAUAGGGUUUUUGGUGGAGAAUGAAAAAGAUGCCAUCAUUUGGAGAGGACCCAAGAAAACAGCGAUGAUCAAACAGUUUCUACAGGACGUGGUGUGGAGGGACAUAGAUUACCUAGUUAUAGAUACACCACCAGGGACGACAGAUGAACACAUUAGCACCAUCGAGAAUCUGAAGACCUACAAUCCUGAUGGAGCCAUACUUGUCACAACCCCACAGGCCGUGUCUGUGGGAGAUGUGAAAAGGGAGAUCACUUUCUGUAGAAAGACCCACAUACCAGUCAUAGGGAUCAUCGAGAACAUGAGUGGAUUUGUCUGUCCAAACUGUACGGAAUGUACAAAUGUGUUUUCAAAAGGAGGAGGGCAAGCACUAGCCAAAGAGUACCAUGUGCCAUUCUUAGGCUGUAUUCCAUUGGACCCUGAGCUCUCCAAGUGUUCCGACAAUGGGAAGAAUUUUAUCGAGCAUUAUGAGGGAUCUCCGACGUUACAUGCCAUCCAGAAAGUGGUGGAUCGCUUAAUUCAAAUUGACCGAGACCUCCCCUGAACUGUGAACGUCUAGACCACAGAACCCAGUGAAUGGAAACCCUGUAUAUAAACUAAUAUUCUGUGAUAGCAGUAUGGCUUGAUAUUAUGAUAUAAAUGUGCUGUUGCAGUUGUUGGUAAUUUAUCGAUGUGUAUUUCUCAGCAGGGAAUGGUUACUCUUGAAAAUAUUGUUCAACAAUAGCGGAUAAAUACAGCAUUUCAUAUUGUAGCGAAAUCAUCAAUUUGAUUUACCACUCAUGCUUCAGCACCAAAGAAGCUUAAAUAUAAAUCCCGCUAGAAUAGGUAUGCACAUAUAAUCAACAUUGUUUGCAACAAGGAAACAAACAGUCCAAAAAAUCUUUUGCAAUCAACUUUUGUAAGUAAAGAAAUUCUUUGACCAGUGUUAAUUUGCUCAGACAUGUUGAAAAACAAGUUUGUCCUAUUUUAAAUUUGCUCCAAAAAAUUUUCCAUUAUAUUUAGUGCAAUGAAUAAAUUUAACAGUAGAUUCACCCAAUUUUGAAUUCAUCCAUCUCAGGAUGAGGGUGAAAUGGCCAAAAUUUAAACAAGAUGUGUUUGUGAAACAUGAAUACCCCCGAUAAUGGUCAAUUUCAAAAGAUGGUCAAGGUCACAAGGACAAAUAUUUUGGUACCAGUAGAAAGAUCUUGUCACAAGAAAUACUCAUGUGCAAUAUGAAAGCUCUAAUAUUUACCAUUUAGAAGUUAUGACCAAUGUCAACAUUUUUAAUUUAAACAAUAUUUUAUUAUGUAUGAAACAUAAAUGGAUUAGGCAACAGGCUUGCAGCCUAUAUAAGCCUUCUCCAAAAUGUCAACAUUUUUAAAAGUAUGUCCAAUGUCAAGGUCAAAAGGUUUAGUACCCAUGGAAAGGUCUUGUCACAAGGAAUACUCAUGUGAAAUAUCAAAGCUCUAGCACUUACUGUUCAAAAGUUAUUAGCAAAGGUUAAAGUUUCAGAUAGAAUUACAGAAUGACUAACAUGACAAAAACAAUAUGCCCCCCCCCCCCCCCCCCCCCCCCCAACAAUCUUUGAUCUUGGUGGCAUAAAAAGGGGGUGAAAUAUAUUUCUCAGAUGUGGUUAUAAGCUCUGAAGAAACCAAUUAGAUACUCAUACAAUUUUUCUGUAAUCCCUCUGCAUUAUCUAUAUAAAAUCAUUCAUUUUUUGAUGAAUCUUUAUUGAAAACAAAAGCAACGGUCAGCUUUCAAUAUUGGAUGCAAUGUGUAGCGAUAUUCUUAAGACAGAUAUUAUGUACUUGCGCUUGAUAUGAAGACGACUGACUAUUUUAUGCUGUACCUUUGUGUGUGUGUGUGUGUGUCAGUUACUACUGGUGUUACAUCAGCUUUACAUUCCAUUCAUUACUGGCCUAACCAUUUGAAAUACACACUCGACACUUAAUGUUCUGUAUGCUUUGAUGAAAGAUAAGUCUAAAACUAUUUAAAAUAUGCAUUGCUUGUUUAUUGCAGUUGUAUAAAAUUACAGCAUGAUUUAGUGGUAACUGUGAAUAAAUUGUAUGUACAGCA